CGUAUGUCGUCCAAUAUCUUUCUAAGCUGACGUUGCGUACACUUUUGAAGAAGGACACGUGAAAUUUGAAUUUUAAUGUUAAUUUAGAGUGCAUUAGAAUGCGGUUGAUAGAUAUCGCAUUCACUGUGCAGUCAUUAAUAUUAUUUGUUGAUGCUGCACAAGAUUAUUACGAGGUAUUAGGUGUUAAACGUGACGCAUCAACAGCACAAAUCAAGAAAGCAUUCCGGAAUUUGGCACUCAAAUAUCAUCCAGAUAGAAAUAGUGAUCCAAAUGCACAUGAGAAAUUUCGGGAAAUUGCGGCAGCAUACGAAAUACUUGCUGAUGAGCAAAAACGACGAAACUAUGAUGCUGGCGGUUGGUCCAAUGAUCAGCAGCAACAGCAUGCGCAGAAUUUUGACUUCGAUGCUUUCAUGCGUGAAUUCCGAGAAAGUAUGAAUAUUCACCAAAGAAGUCAUCAAUAUGCACACUCGAAAGCUCACUGGCAAGGAACUCACGGUCACAGUUUAUUUGAUGAUCUUUGGGAAGGUUUCGAUAUGUUUCCAUCAUUCAGUGGUUUUGGUAGUACCGGAAAUUUCGAUGGAUCUGAUGGAAUAUAUUUCGGAGAUUUCCCUUCAAAUCCAGCUUCAGUAUAUAUGAAAGAAACAAAUCAAGGAGGACAAAGAUGUAAAACGGUGACAAAAAAGACGGGUAAUAUGAUGACCACGCAAACAAUAUGUACUAGCAAUUAGCAUUUGUAUAGUUAUCUAAGAUUUUGUGGACAGAAAUUUGAUUUGUUCAUUUCUAAGUGCAAUGUAUAUAUUUUCAAGCUGGGAUAUUGGCAGUAAACAUUUUUAU